CACAGACUCACAGACUCACAGUUUAACUCUAUGCAUCAGUGAGAGCUGCUGAUGAAGAUGAAGGAGUUGCUCCUCUUCCUCUCCUGUGUGCUCUGUGGCUCUGCUGAUGCUCUACAUACAGACAUUCAUGUCGUUGGCUGUUCAUACAUUCAUGGAGGGGUCAUGUUUGGACUGGAUCGUGAAGAACUCUGGUACGCAGACUUUGAGAAACAGGUGGAUGUUUAUCCUCAGCCACCUUUUAUUCAACUCAUCAGCUUCGGAGAUGGAGCUUAUGAAACAGCUGUGUCUAAUUUAUAUGGCUGCAGACAGUUACUGCAGCUUAGUCGGACGGGUAUGAAGGACUACCCUCUACAACGUGAUGCUCCCUCACGUGUGAUGAUCUACACCAGAGACGAGGUGGAGCUCACAGUCAAAAACACUCUGAUCUGUCAUGUGACUGGUUUCUAUCCUGCUCCUGUCAAAGUCUCCUGGACCAAAAACGGACGGAUUACGACUGGAGGAUCUAGCAUCAACAAUCCCUAUCCCAACAAAAAUGGAACCUUCACCCAGAUUGCCAGACUGAAGUUCAUCCCACAGCAGGGAGACGUCUACAGCUGUACAGUGGAACAUCUGGGUCUGACCAAACCACUGAUUAAGACCUAUAAUGUGGAGACGUCCGGGAUGCCUGAGACGCUUAAGCCCAGUUUUGGACCUGCAGUGUUCUGUGGACUCGGUGUGAUUAUCGGCGUGCUCGGUGCUGCAGGUGGAACCUUCUUCAUCCUCAAAGCAAACAAAUGGAUCUGAUUGGCUGGGGUUGAUGAUGUCAUCAGUGCUUGUGUAGACAAUGUCAUUUAAGGCUGCUGCUCUGCUCUCUGAUCUUCAUUCAUGUGAACCUGGCUGUGUUUACAUGGAGCCUUAAGUUCACUUUAUUUUCACACUGUUAAGCAGAUUCAGUUUAAAAUGUCAGUAGCAUAAAAAUGACAAGUAAUAUUAACCAAUCAGAAAGCUAUCCCAAAGUGACUUCAUAAUCAGUCUGAAACAAUCCAUCUGUGUUUUUAAGUGUUCUUAAACUCAGUUUUAUCUGUUCACUAUCUUUGCCUUCAGUUCCAUCUAUAUGAUUCAGAAAGAUGUAAAUAAACCUGAAUUUGAAAUAAAUCCUCACCUGUAAACAUGA